AUGGCGGGGGCCUGGCUCAGGUGGGGGCUCCUGCUCUGGGCAGGGUUGCUCGCGUCCUCGGUGCAGUGCCGGGUGCGGAGGAUCACGUACGUGGUGCGCCCGGGCCCCGGCCUGGCGGCGGGCGCCUUGCCCCUGGGCGGGCCCCAGCGCCCGCGGACCUUCAACGUCGCGCUCAACGCCAGGUACAGCCGUAGCUCGGCGGGCGCCGGGGCCCCCUCGGAGCGGACUCGGCGCACCAGCCCGCCCGGCGGCGCGGCCCUGCAGGGGCUCCGGCCGCCGCCACCGCCACCGCCGGAGCCGGCGCGUCCCGGGGGCUCCGGCGGGCAGCUCCACCCCAAGCCUGGCGGUCACCCGGCGGCCGCCCCGUUCGCCAAACAAGGCAGGCAAGCGGUGCGCUCCAAAGUGCCGCAGGAGACCCAGAACAGCGGGGUCUCGAGGCUGCAGGUUCACCAGAAGCAGCAGCUGCAGGGGGUCAAUGUCUGUGGAGGGCAGUGCUGCCAUGGCUGGAGUAAGGCCCCUGGCUCCCAGAGAUGCACCAAACCAAGCUGUGUUCCUCCAUGUCAGAAUGGAGGGAUGUGUCUCCGGCCUCAACUCUGUGUGUGUAAACCAGGGACCAAGGGCAAAGCCUGUGAGACAACAGCUGCCCAGGACACCUCGUCACCGGUCUUUGGAGGGCAGAGUCCUGUGGCUGCUUCCUCCUGGGUCCCUCCUGAGCAAGCAGCAAAGCACACUUCAUCUAAGAAGGCAGACACUCUACCAAGAGUCAGUCCUGUGGCCCAGAUGACCUUGACCCUCAAGCCGAAGCCUUCAGUGGGACUCUCCCAGCAGAUACAUUCUCAAGUGACACCCCUUUCCUCACAGAAUGUGAUGAUUCAUCAUGGCCAGGCCCAGGAAUAUGUGCUCAAGCCCAAGUACUUUGCAGCUCAGAAGGUGAUUUCGGGAGAGCAGUCUACGGAAGGUUCAUUCCCUUUAAGAUUUGGACACGAUCAUGUGGCAGCACCUUUUCAGUGUGAGUAUGUCCUGUCAAUCAUCUUUCUAAGUUACAGUAUCAUGGUUUGGAAACGCUUCGCUCUGUAG